GAGAAUGACAUUUUUGCCAUGUCGUAUGGUCUGUCUCGUAAUGCGAGCUAGGGAUUCGAUGUUGGAAGAAGACGCGUCCUCAAGUGGGCCCUCGUUAGGAUGAGCUUCGUGUGGUUGUCUAAGCAAGCGACGGAAUGCAGACUAGAUCUCCGGUCCAGCGACGACAGGGCCGCGGCCGGGCUGGUAGCACCGAUGAGCAGCCUCCUGCUUUAAAACCUCGGGUGCUUGUUACAACAGCCGAGGAGUCUGUCGUGAAAAGGCAACAUGCUCCUGACGCGUCGAGAAGCGGAGGAGGGGGAUCCUCAAUUCUGAGUAGAAACGCAAAUACUUCAACCACUGGCAACAUGAUGAGGGAUCACCCCCAGGAAGCAGGAGAGCCUGUCUAUGACCGUGUGCGCGUUCAUUGUCGCGUACGUCCUAUGCUUCCAUCUGAUCGCUCAGGUCAACGGACGCAUUUGCAAAUUCAGCACCAUGUCUCUCUUCGAGCGGAGGACAGCGGAGGUCAGGGCAGGGGGCGGCGAGGUACUAAGACAAAGCUCAACUAUGCAUAAACGAGGAUACCUAGUAAUCUAGAACUCAACUUGUCUCGCCAAGAAGGGCUUGGCUAGAAAUCUUCGAAAACAUGACGUGAGCAACAUAAAGCACGCACACCGCGCGCUCGUAGAGUUAAGCUCCUCGGGCUGGAGUGACGCGGGCGGCAGCACGAGGGCCGCGCGCAAAUGGUGCACGGGGCUGCCGUGGUCCAGCGUCUGCCUGCCCGGUUUUCCCUUCGUAGACGGGCAGCGCGUCAGCCCGGGGGGGAAUAGCAGGCCUCAGGAAAAUACAUUACAAGGCGGGGCAUGCAUUGCAAAGGAUACGCGCCGGCAACUGGCUCACCUCUUCUUUCUUGCACCAUGAGGACAGGGCGCUGGUACUCUCCGGAGGUAUAACUGUGACAACCCGAAGCACUUCUGUCUUCUGGUUUUCGCUGGAACGUCCCGGCUUGUAUUCUAAGUGCCGCGCGAAGACUUGGCGGAGUCUUUUACUGGGGCCACUUUGGUGGCCCAGCGUUUCGCUAAGCCACGCCGGGGAAGGCGAACGCCGUAGCGUGAGGGUGUCGCCUGGAUGUGCCUCGAGACAGCUCCAUAGGUAGAGAGGAGGGCCCCGAACGAUGACGCGUGGGCGUUCUUUCUCGACCGACGAAGUUCCAGCAGUGCACUGGCUUGCCCUUCAGCUUUCUGGAGUCAAAUACUACGCAAAUACCACGCAAAGCAAUGCCGCGCGACUACCAUGCAAACGCUACGCGAGUUCUACCGUGGUGCCCGCACCCUGUAGGCCUUGAGUCAUGGCCGUAGCUGUAGGCCUCUGCGCACUGUUCUACCCAAGCAAGAAGAUAGAGAUGACAUGCCUGCCCCGUCUUCCUCGUUCUCCGCUUGCGUAAUAGUUCUGCUUUUGCGCCUCGUGUUCGGGAGCGAGGUCGCCUUCCUUGGGCGCCUGCUUAGGGUCCAGCUGUCAGAACUCGCGCGGCUGGGCCGCGCGGGCUCGAGGGGAGGGGACGGGCCGCGCGUGUUCGGGCUUUUUUUACAUAGAGGGACACAAAGAAAGGGAGAGAGGAGAGCGAGAGAGAGAUGAGGCAGACACGCUGCAGAUGAAGCUUGGGGCGGGCCAUCUCAUGGGUGACCGCUUCGGGGUCUAAGGGGAGAAAUGCGUUGGCAGCUGGAUAGUCGAAAAACCGAGGGUCAUGCAAAGCCACGCUUGGCAUCUUUGUAGGAGUGAAGGGGUCAAUGGGUGCGCAUGCACAUAUUUCGUACGUCCAGAAGUGUACCCGGAUUUUCAGGAAGACACUCACAUCACAGGUACUUCGUCCUCUUCCUCCUCCGCAUCGUCACCGAAGAAGGGGAAAACGGCAAGGCAGGACAGUAUCGUCUGUAGGACCAAGGCUUACUAUUUCGAUUCCGUUCUCGGCGGAGACGCCUCCAACCGUGACAUGUAUCGGCAAGUCGCCGAACCAGUAUGCCAAUCCGUGCUCAAUGGAUAUAACUUAAGAUUGGCGUUGCUAGCAGCGUGUUGAAAGAAGUACAAGAACAACUAGAGGAUGAAGUAUUAGCGUCCCACAAAGGUAGUCUAGAGCUAGACUCUAGAGUACAACAAAAAAGGCACUUAUUCUGCCUUUAUUUCAUUCUCUGCCCAUACUACUUAGCUCUACCAGAUGAAGAUCUCGUCUAAUUCCUGGCACGAUCCUUGCCUAUGGCCAGACCGGAACGGGCAAGACCUACACCCUUUUUAGCGGAUCCGAUGGCGUGAUUCCGGUUUCUGUGACGAAGCUGUUCGAAAAUGCCUCUCGAGACGGCAGUGUCACCUAUCUCUCUGUAGUGGAGCUCUAUAUGGAGUUGGUGCUCGAUCUGCUUGCCGGUGGCUCUUACGGAUCAGCAUGGAUGGAUCAAGGAACUUUAUGGUAAACUGUUUGACUUCUUAUGUACACUAGGUUGUUGAUCCAAUUGAUUCUUGUUUCUCUUAGAAGAUUUUUCCGGAGUUGUAGAAUGAAGAAGCUGCCUCUACUACCUUCGAUCCCAGGAGGACUAUUAUUGAGCCGUUUCGAAUGUCGACAGUGACAUCGACAUUCAUGGACAUCUUUCUACAUUUAAUAUUCUUGCUUCUCAGUAGGUGUAACGUCGAACUACUUAUCUACUUCUCUUCAAGCUAAUCUACUGAUAGUCAAAGAACAAAUUGAAAGGAUAAUAAGCAAUUCGAAGUAGCGAUAACGAGUAAGAUAAUAUAAAUAUUCUCAGUAGAAGUUGCCGUUUCUAACUCUUUCCUCCGGUGCCGGACAAAUGGGCAGCGGCGGCCAAUUAAGCGAAGUUAGAAUCCGUGAGGAUCCUAGAGACGGCAUCAUCCUCGAGAACUGUGAACAGGUUCGAGUGCAUAAUUCUGAGGCAUGCAUGCGCCUCAUCCGAGAUGCCGAACAUAGGAGGGCAGAAGCGCCGACCCUAGCGAACAAGAACUCUUCUCGAAGCCACGCGGUUGUAAUAUUGAAACGAGUUAUGGAACAGGAAAUUCGAAUAACACGAUCACGAUCUUUUGAAGAUUCUCAUUGUUCUCCAAAUUGUCCUGUCAUCUUUCAAGUUUAAUCUUUCACUAAUAUUAUGCUGGUCCUUAUAAACAUAUGCGUGGUGGAAGCAGCAUAUCUAUUACAUACUUAUAGACUUACGUUUACUGACCUAGUACACAGCACGUAGGACUUCAUCUAGGUUUUCCAUGCUAGCGACGUGCACAUCGUUCGUUACAAUCUACCCGCCCCUGCAUCCUUUGACUACCUUUGACACUCCUCCUCCUCCAUCAUGUUUUAAAUCCGGAAUGAGACGGCUGAUGGGUGCGUGGUGAGCCGCUUUCACAUCGUGGACUUGGCCGGAUCAGAACGAGUGAAGAAAACCAACGCUUGGGGACUCCGAUUACUAAGGCUCAACUCUCAUUGGUCACUGAGGUUCGUUGGUCACUGAGAUCGAAGAGGAGACCCCUGGAGGGAACGGGGGAAAGUGAAGGGAAAGGGGAGAGCUUUAGAGGUGGUCUCUUCCGUUCUGCGUCAGUAGUGACCAACGAAUGGCGACCUUUAAGAUUAGGCGAGGCGCGACGGAUUAACUUGAGUCUAUCUGCCUUAGGGAAUUGCAUCGCGGCGCUCACUGACGUGACUUGCUCUCACAUUCCUUUUCGCGAUUCCAAACUGACGAGGCUGUUGCAGGUUUUUAGAUUUAUACAUAGUUCAUCUAGUACACUAUUUGCAUUAUAGUUGUUCGCUUCUUUGAUAUGAAUGAUCUACAACUAGUUGUGAGUUAAUAUUCCUCCUCUUUCGACGAUUCAAACAACUUCGAUGCUAUCUUUGACGCGCCGACGAGAAACACCAUGAACAUGGAACACAAGAAUUAUAUCGAUAUCCAUUGUUGUCUUCACAUGACCUUCAAACUACAGGAUUCUCUUGGUGGCACGGCUAAAACGGCGCUGAUCGUCACAGUGUCUCCGCUGGAGCGGGACUUGGAGGAAACUCAAUCCACACUCGAUUUUGGUUCGAGGGCAAUGCGGGUACAAAAUCGCCCCAAAAUUCACCAAGUCACCGACUAUCGUACUCUCGCGAUGCGAUUACAGUCUGAGCUGGACAAGAAGGAGGACGAGAUCAGCAAACUGCUGUUGCGGAGAAGUACUAAAUCUUUUUCUUCAACACACUGACUGAAAUCCGAUAAUUGUCACCAAGGUUCGCAUCUUCACCAAUUUUCCUAUUUGAGUUAAAGUUUAGGUUUACUAUGUUACCUCAAGUAGAGCAUACUGCUAUUUACUACAGUUGUAAGUUGAAGGAACUGGCGCUGUUGCGGAGAAGUCCUGAGUUAAUUUUUGUCUAGUAUCCUUUGUCUUUGUGGUUGUUUAACAUCCACCUUGUCGUCGUCCAUAACUGUAAUCGUCGUUCCUAUACCUCUAACUAAAGAUGUAUGUUGUUAUUCUUUAACUUAUCUAUCAGAUAAGUAUCUAAAUAUGCGACCAAUAUGCUUACCAUGCAGGUGUCGCCGGUAGCGCGAGCUUAGGCCCAUCAGCAGCUGCUACUCCGUUGACAGCUGGAGCGGGUGGUGGUGGAGCGGAAGGCAGUUGUUGUCAACGAGCACUGGCGAAGGUCGAAACCGAAUUUGCGAGUUACCUCGAAGAGUUUGAAAAGCAGGCGGGCGAAACCGACGGAGAAUUAAGGCUUCCCGUAAUUCUUCUUAAGAGGCAUCCUUGCCACGUCGUCAGGUAGCAAAGAUGACUUUCAAGAUGAACAAUGUAGGUAGGCUCUAAAAGAAAUUCUGAAACUUAGAGGUCAAGUGCGCGACCUGUCGGACCGCGAACGGGAUGUAAAGCGGUUGCAAGGCGAAUUUGAGGAGAAAUGUCUGGACUUAGAAAACGAACUAACGAAGCGAGAUGAAGUGCUCUCGAAGAUAGACACGAUGGUUCGCAGUGCAAGUGUUAAGCUUCUUUCGCCUAAUCCUAAAAAUCCAUCUUGUGUUAUAUCAAUAUCUCGUGUACUACAGUUACUAGCACCGUCCUGGAGAAUCUUGCUUUCUUUUUCAAGGGGGAAAGGAAAAAGGUUGUCCUGGAUGAUUGAUAGAUUUUCAAGAAGAUGCUGGGUUACGCGAAGUCUAGACUCUAAAAGUGGGAACAAAGGAUCCUCUGCCAAAGGUCUGAAAGACCACAGGGAUAAGAGGACGGGUGUCAGCCUGACGGAUCCUUUUGGUCCGAGCCCUUCGAGGCGUGGACCGACGGCCAAAAAAGGUAGUGCUUCACGAGCAAAAGGCGUAGGAGGUUUUAGCUUUGCCGACUGUAUCGACGACGAUGACGUGAAUCCACUAGAGUUAAGGGUCGUUUCCAAAUUGCAUUCAUCUGCUUCUGCACUUGCAUCCUUGGCCUUUUGAUUUCAAAAGUGGAAAAGUUAGGUCCUCAAAGGAGAUGUUGUUCGGAAGAAUGCAAAAAUGCGGAAGUGUCUAAUAUGGGAUGGUGACGAGGAUCCUGAACGCAGUAGUAGCAGCAGCGCUGUUGAUGCAUCUUCCGUCUCUUCGUCGACUGAGGAGGCGAAUCUCCUAGCGCUCUGUGACAACUCCGCAUCGGCUGGCGUCGGCGAACCGGGACGUGCUAAGUUGCUGCAGCGCGUGGAGUCUCUUUGCGAGUUUAAGCGGACAGCGGUCGCUGAACUGGAGACGUUGACGAGGCGUGAAAAUGUUGCUCGAAAAAAGCUUGAAGAUAUGCAGCGUCGUGGCAUGGUCCUGUCGGCAGCGAGUCUCUCCUUGAAAGACGCAGGUGGACGAGGUGGAUGCUCACCUAAAGACCACGCAGAGAACCACAUCAAUGCUCAUUCCUCUACAACUGCCGGUCACGGCGACAAUGUUCAUCCUAAGGCGCAAGAACUUGCCGUGGCAGAGAAGAAGAUUCGAACCCUGGAGCGGGAGGCGCAAGAGCUGCGGGACGCAUUGUCAGAGAGUUCCGCACGAUUGAAGUCACAGGAACUAGCGCUGCAGUCAGAGGUCUCCGAGUUGCGAGCAGAAGUAACCGAAGUACGAGCAGCCAAAGAGGAACUCACUAGUGCAGAGCGAACCCUACGUCUAGAGGUCCUCGAACUUCGGGAAGCCCGCGCCGAGUGGGAUUCUGAGCGUCGACACUUGAAGAUAUGAAAGAUUGUAGCUUUUUCUAUGUGAGAAGUCUGCUGUUAGAAGUUCUUUAUGUAAGUAGCUGUUAGUAGGAAGUCUUGAUUACCACGACUUCGUGCUUCUUGAAUUUUGAUCACCACGACUACGACAUUUUUUGAAGAUUCAAAUUAGACUUCCUGAAAUGUUGCAAGUGAAUGCAAGCUGUAGAAGAUUUCACUGCCCUCUUUCGCCCUUUUCAUACGUGAAAGACGCUGAGCUGAAAGAAGCGGAGCUGGCGGCAGAAAGGCAGUUGCUGGUGACAAAGGCUGAUAACGAGCGAGAAGCCCUGCGCCAGCAAGCGGCGGCACGCGAGGCAGAGACAUCCGCAAAGCAGGCUGCGCUUCAGGCGGAGAGUGUUCGGAAAGCGGAAGAAACGUUCACGCAGCAGCGCACAGAAUUGGAACGUCAGCUUGCGGAGUCCGAAGCGCGUUGUCGCGAAACCAGCGCGAAAUUGUCGGAAAAAGUGGCUUUGAUGGAGAAGUACGAGCGCAACAUCGGAGCUCAGCUGCAAGAGCUGGAGUCGACCUACGAAAAGCGAGGUGCGGAUGCUGCGGGUCGGCACGCCGCCGAGGCUGAGCAGCUUCGCGCAGAGGUGCGCUCGCUGCAGGCAGAGCGGGAGCAAGCCCUGCUUGUGAUGGAGCAACAGCACGCGUCCGCGCGUGCAGAGGAGCGGAGGAGAGGUGCAGAGGACAUCGAGCGCGCGCUCGCGGAUCUCCGUCUAGAGCUGGACGAGAAAGCACUGACGCAUGAAACGUUGCUGCGCCAGGAACUGCAGAGCGAGUACGAGAAGACUUUGCUGCGGCAGGAGCGGGAGCUGAAGGCCGAUUUUGACCUGCAUCUCGAAUCCAAGGAACGCAAGUGGCAAGAGGGGCUGGAGGACGCGGUCAGAUCCACACAGGCGUCGCUGGAGACGGAGCACGCAACGGCAAUCUCUGCGGCCAUCGCGAAUACAGAGACGCGGGAGCGCGCUGCGGCGGAAGCAGCACUAGAGAAGGCGCAGCGAGAAUGGGAGCACUCCAAGCUGUCGCUUCGGGAGCGGGAGCUCGCAGCGGAGCACGCAGCAGAGAUGGAAAGGCUAGCAGAACAGCAGGCUGUGGAACUCAAGUCCGCGGGGCGCGCUGCGGCAGAGCGGCUGCAGGAGAAAGUCGAGGAAUACGAGCGUCGCUUGCAGAAGACCAACGAGGCCCACUGCCUAGAGUUGGAGCGCACGAAGGAGUUUCUGCGUGAAGAGCGAGUUGCGGAAAUCCGUGACCUUGAGCAAGAGAGCACACGACGUGAGGCAAAACUAAGGGCACAACUCGUUUUGCCGCUGCAAGAAGAAUCCGCGCUGCUGGAGGAGCAAGGACGCGAAAAAGCAACGCGAAUACGCGAAUUAGAGCAUGCUGUGAACGCCGCGUCGGCCGAGGCGGAGAGCCUGCGCGUCGAUAACAAGGGACUCGGCGAACGAGUGCGACAGCUGGAGACCGACGUAGAAACGCACACAGACAGGUGUCGCGAGCUCGACGCGCACGUUGCGGAGACGGAGAGCGUCUUGCUAGAGGAACGACGGCGAGCGGACUCUGUCCAGGAGAAGAUGCGGCAUCUCGAGAAUCGUUUAGCGACUGCAGGAACCGAAGGCAAGGAGUUGGCCGAUGAACUUCAUCGACUCGCGCAGGAACGGGAGGCUUCCGCUGAAGAGAAAAGCGCGCUUGAGGAGCGCGCACGCGACCAGCAGACCGAGCUCGCGCGCCUGCGUGUAGAGCUGGAGGAUCAAAGGUUAGUCCACGGGGAGCUCGAGAAUGAUAUCGCGAACCACAAGCAGAAGGAAGCCGCACUCUUUGACACGCUGAGUGAGUGUCGGAUGAAGCGACGAAAAACGGCGUCGAACAAGCAGAAGAAAACGGCGGGAAACACGUUUGUUGAAGACGCACCACUGGGCACUUCGACAUGGAUGUCAGCGUCUUCGAUUCAUGCUGUGCUUGAUAGUGACACUGAGCAGGAUGAACGAAACCCGAAAAAGAAGUCCACUUCCUCGGAAGAGGCUCCGCAGCACACCCUUGAGGAUGUGGAGGCGGAGUUACGCUGCUUGAUGGGCGUGGAAGACGAUCUGAAACAGCGGCUAGCAGACAGCGAGCAGCGACUUGCGGAAGUGGAGACACGCGCCAGAGAGUCAGAAAAAGGUCGUGCGGAGUCGGAGGCAAUGGUCCGCGAGCUUGAGGACUUGCAAGUGCUGCAACUAGACAAGAUCCAAGCGCUGUCGGCGCAAAGAGAGGACGAGGAACAGGCCGUUGCGGCGCAGCGCCUCGCGCUUGAGCAGAGUUCAGCACGUCGACUCGAAGAGGCGGAGGCAGCUCUGCAGCGGGAGAAGGCGGAGUGCGAAAGGCGGCUACGCGAGGCGGAGGAGAAGGCGGCAGCCACGGUGCGUCAACUGGAGGACGCGGCAGCGGAAGCGCAGCUAGCGGCGCGUCAGCGCGAGGAAGUCGUAGAGCGGGAAAAGUCCGAUUUGGUAGGAGAGAAAACGCAUUUGGAGUUGAGCUUGGCGCAGGUGAGCUCGGAGCGCCAAGAUCUGGCUGCGCGCGUCGCGGAGGCGGAAGCACAGUGUGCGGCGGCACUCACUGACCGAAAAUUCGAGGACGACACCCGCGUGACGACGCUCAAGGCAGAUCUUGAGCAACUGCGUGAGACGCAUGCGAAAGAGAGUGCCCAGCUCCGGCAGCAACUGCUUGAUGAGGUUCAGCGGCACCAAUCCGCGGAAAAGCAAGCAGUGGAGCGGGCGCGCGAACAGGAGCGAAGCGAAGCGUUGGUGCGUGCAGAAGACGCGGAAAAACAGCAUGCGGUAGCGUUGCAAACUAUCGAGGCGGAGUGGCGUGAGCGACUGCAAGAAGAGCGUCUGGCGUUGCGCGAAGAGGUCCAAGGAGCAUCGGAAGCGGUGCUAAAGCAAGAGGUUUCGGUUCUGAACGAAGAGCACGAGGAGGAGGUCGCGGCGCUCAAAGCGGAGAUCACUACCGCAGAGCGUGAGUGCGACCGCUUAACGCGUGAUCUUGCGGAACAGGAAGGAAGGCUCGAGUCCCAAUUUCAGACCAAAUUGUUGGAAUUAGAGAAAUGUCGAGACGAGGAACUUGAGGCGGAACGACAGCGACUCUCGGAAACUAGCAGAACAGCGUUGGAGGAUUGUGAGCAGAAGGCAGUUGCUGCGUUAGAAACUGCAAUGGAGAAACAGCGGGAAGAAGCGGAGGAACGCGAGAAGAUUUUGCUCCAAGAGAGAACGGACCUUGUGGCCAAAGCGGAAGAGCACGAGGAGCGAGUCGCAACACUGCAGAAAAUGCUGGAUACUCACGCUUCGCAACUGGAAGAGCAGAAGACGUCAUUGCUUUUAUGAAUUUUGUGCACUCUGUCUCUGAAUCUGAUACAUCAUCGGCUGUUGUAGUUGUACUAGUGCUUCAUCAUGCUACUCAGAGUUCUACUACUUACUUUCUUCAACAACUGAAGAGUCUAAUUAAUUAGGUUCAUCUAGCAGGAACUCACUCGCAUCAUCAGGCCCUCUCUUCAUUUUCCGCCGAGCACGCCUCUGCCCGAGAUGCACUGGCUAGGGAGCAUGAGCAGGCAGUGUCGAUGCUAGAAGCACGAUAUGAAGCUGAAGUCGCCACUUUGCGUGAGGAAGUGCGUGCCACAACGCUAAUGCUGGAAGAGAGGCACCAAGCGAGCAAUGAUACAGCUGCUAGCACAGAAAAAGAGUUGGAGUCGACCAAGAAGCUACUGCAAGAAGUGGAGGGAGAGCUCGCUGCGCAGGUCGCUUCCUACGAAAAGAAGCUAGUGGCAGAGAGAGAAGACUGGCAAUCAAAAUUGGCCGCGCAGUUCAAGGAAGGGGAAGAUCACCUAGCAUCGCAAAAGCAGGAAUGGGAAUCGCAGAAGCAGGAAUGGGAAUCGCAAGAGCAGGAAUGGGAACAGAAGUUGUCCGCCGCGCAGAAAAUACAAGAUUAUGUCAUCUAACAUCUGUGUGACAAGGACUCCAUGAUGUCCGUGAUGAUGAUUGAUCUUGCUUACUAAAUCGGGUGUUGUCACUCCACGUUGAUGGUUCAAAGUUUACCUACUUACGGUUUACUUGUUGAUGGUUCAAAGUUUACCUACUUACGCAUAUACUUAAGGAAAGUUGAUGUCAUAUUUCUAGUUGUACAGCGGAGAAAUUGUCUAAGCCUAAAAGCAAGACGGAGCAGAGUUGGCGCACCUCCGGGAAAAGUACAGUUUGGAGCUACGACAGCGGAAACACGAUCGUGGCCUGCGAGAGGAAGCCGAGUCCCGACUUGCAACUGCACAAGCGCAGGUGCGUGAGUUAGAUUAUGGCUUUGCAAAUACUAAGACUUUCCACGACUAUGUACUUGUAAAGUGAACUUCACUGAAGACAGCUGUUUCACUUUGCAGUUGAGCAAUACUAUUUAUUAGUAUGCACUAGAAAUACUGACUUUGAAAAGUCCUAGGUAAACCUCAUUAUUAGUAUGCACUUACUUUCCUGGUAUCUUUAUAAGGAUUAGAGACAUGAUCAAAUAUACGCUCUGCUCAAAAACGUCUUUUUCCCCCCUGUCUCUAACUCAAGCGGAAGUUAGACGAGCAAAAAUCGGCGAUGGACGCACAGGCAACUGCACAGGCACAGCAGCAGGAGGUGGCCCUUUUGCAGGUCAGGGCCGAACUUGCCCAGACGCAGUCGGAGAAACAAGCAGCUUUCUCUUCCCAACUAGCUGACCUUCAACAGGAGCACGAGCUCCAGCGGCGCAAGCUAGAGCAAGCCUGCGAGGAAAAGAAAGCCGAAUGCGAGUCUCUAGUGAAGGAGCUGGAACGUGAGAGCAAGGCCUUACUCGAGACGUCCACACGAGUCUUCCAGGAACAGCAAGAGGCAUUACAAGAGAAGGAAGCGGCGUGCGAGUCCAAGAUUCUAAAACAAACAAACACGAUCGCGCAAUUGGAGGAGGAAAUGCAGUCGAGAACAGAGGAAUUAGAGCGUACGCGCACGCGCCUGCACGAACUGACUGAACACGCAGAAGCUUCCCAAAUUAUGUCACAAUGCGCUUGUAGGUGUAGUAGCUUGUUGCUUCGUACUAGUGGUCGUUGCUUAGUUUGCAUUCAUUUUUUGGUGAUAUCUUAUUCGAGCAGCUGAGGUGGUAGACAUAGAAAUCCGUGCUUCCCAGAGGUUCAAUAUAGGUUGUAUAUUGUAGAACAAGAUGCACCUCCCAAAGUGGCCCUAAGAAAUGGUAAGUAAGCACAAUUAUAGGCUAGCAGAACAUAGCCAUAGCGGAGCAGCAAAACUACUUACUUCUUGUUUCUAAUGUAGUGCAGAUGAGGCGUGAAGCAGAGGAGUCUGCAGGACUGCAGCGUGAGGCAGAGCGCGAAGCUGUGGCGCAGAAAUUGACGAAGUUAGAGGCUAAAAUCGGUGAGCUGGAAUCAGAAGUGUCGAGACGAGGCGACCUGUUGCAGCUCCAAGCGGAGAACGCGGAGAAAUACAGUCGCACUGAGUCGGAAUUUCGGGAGAAGGCUGAAAUCUGUGAGCGCUUGCGUGAGCGUGCACGAGAGGCUGAGCAACAAUUAGAAAGAUGGCGGGAUCAAAAAGCCGUAGAAGAAGCUGAUAUAAAAGCGAAGACGGAAGAAACCAAGACCCUCAAUUAUGAUGGUUGGCAGAUGUCUGUGACUGUGUCAAACAAUUGCAAGUUUUCAUUGUAUUAAUGUGUAAGAGCAGUUCUUUUUCAUCUUAGGAUUAGGUGAGUAAAAAGUAAAAAUAGUAGCAUCGUUCAACCUAGAUACAAGGACACUAUGCAUACCUUCAAUUUGAUUUGAGACUUCUCUAACCCGAGGCCAAGGUGGAGACCCUCUCACAGGAGCAAGAGCGCAGUGCAUUGGAGGUGCAGCGUGUCCGGGAGGAGGAACGUCGACGCCGCGCCGAAGAGUUGGAAGCUAGACAACGAGAGCUGACCGAUGCGUGGGAGCAAAUAGUGGCUCUUCAGGAAGCGGCGAUGUCUAGAGAGCAGGAAGUGCGUGCUUUGGAGGAGAAGGCCGCUCUUCGUGGACAAGAUGCAGAUACGCGCGCACGGGAAAAGGGCCUGCUCGAUCGGGAAAACGAGGUAAGCGCUAUACCUUCUACUGUCGCUGCUUGCAAGUUUCUCGCUUGCGCGCUGCCCUGUCGGAUCAUUGUGGGCCGGUCGGUUAUUUGUGGGCGCGGAUGCUUCUCGCUUUUCGCGUGAGCGGAUUCGCAGGGCCGGGCCUGUCGCUGCGCGCAACAGCCCGCAAGCCAGGCCGGCCGCCGAGGCUUGCGCCCGCAGGGCGCUGGGCGGUGCAGCAGACUGGGGCUGUGCAGUCUCUCUCCCUGGGCGGCUGCCGUCAACGUGAAGCAAAGAAGGGCGGACAGCAGCGCCGAAUCGUGGCGGGGUCGGCAUGGCGCGGGUAGCGGCGGCGCGUUGCUUGAAAACCUUGCCGAAGGUCGGGGGCGCCGCGCGGGGCGCGGGUACUCGCAGAUAUUUGGAGGCGGCAUGAGUUUGCGGCGCCGAUGGUGUUGGGGGUGCGGUCUCCUUGGCGUUCGCGUCUGUUGGGGGCCCAGGGAUUGGGCGUGCGGGCACCCCCCUGCACCAGCAGCAAGGGAGGCAAGCCCGAGACCGAGACGGAGGGCGACUUAUACUUCAAGCGGGUGUCUCUCGUUGGAAGAGCUUGCAGCCUGGGUGAGUCUGGGCUGGUCAUAGCUUGGCCCUCAUCAUUAGCGCUCCUGGCCUGGGCGGUCCCCGGUGGAUUCUUUCGAGCCAUUUCUUGGGGAUGUGCUUGCGGGUUGGGAUACUCAGACGAGUAGGCCGAACCAGGUUAGAGCUGCCUCCAUUUGAAGCACGUAGAACGCAGCGCAAUCGACCAAGGGGACGGGGGUGCGCUGCAUGCCUGGGCUGACGGCUUCGGUGGAGCUUGCGCUGCGCAGGCGCAGCCCAGAGCGAGCGGGGGGGGGGCAGUCGUGGGGACCAAGAGGCCACCCCUUUGGGGCCGAGUUGCGUGGCGGGUAUUUUGCUACCAAAAGCGACAGGGCGUGGCUCCCUUGUGUUCGAGGCGCGUAAGAUUGUCGAAAUCUGGCAAGGCGGGGGGGCCGCGCAGUAUAAGACUUCAAACUGCGGGCCUACUUUGUCGGCGAUCACGUACGCCGCUGCUUGUCUUUGCAGCGGCCUCGACAUUUUGGGCGAUAAUUCCGACCGCGUGGCAUGGAAUCGGACGCAUCGACUUGGCGGCAAUUUUUACCGAAAGGGCGAGGCCUAAGGUGAUGGCCCUUGGGCGCUCCUUGUAGUUGAAAGAAUGAAAGGCGCAAGCCCUUGGGAGGCGUGUGAAGUCUGAGGCGCGACCCCGGUCGACUGUGCCCAACCUAUCCAACCUCAGCGGAGGGGAACAAUAGCGGCAACCUGAGCGGUGGGCGGCUGUUUCAAGGCGAGGCAAUUACAAAGGGCCACGGAGCUGCUUCCGCGGCGUGUGGGCUUUUGUUGCUCUGGCGCAGGCCUUCGCUUGUCAUGAAUACAAUAGGAGACUCGCAUCAACCGAAAGGGGAUCUCAGGGCCCCCGGCUGGGUUCCAGAAGUGGGCGUUGGCAGAUGGGCAAACCAGGAGACUGGUGGCUUUGCGAUGUUCUCCGUCGGCUUUCUUGUGCCAGCAAAAUGCACCCGGGAGCACGGCCAUGGAGGCACGGAGGAGAAGCGCAGAACAAUCGCGAGAGAAGCAGCGGAGCGCUUUGCGGUUUUUUUACUAAGAAAGGCGACGCAGCCUGGUUCUACGGCCGCGGGGCGCCCGGGCCGCUUUUGGCGUUGUUUCAUCUUUUAAACAAGGACGAGAAGUCGCGCAAGGCCUUGCGCCUGCAAACGAUGGUCCUCGAAGUGGUGGAUUUAGGCAAGGUCUAAAAUGAGCCCCAUGCAAAGCGCUCCUGCGAUUGCUGCAAGCUUGGGCCUGAUUCAAAUGCCAGGGCCCCCGCUUCUGCCACGAUUGCACUGCGCAGGCGGGGGCGCUCUGGUGGAGCGCCUCAAAAAAGAGCGGAGCGGCCUGGGAUUUCCGGGGGGUUCUGGCUGAGCUUGCGAAAGAGGGCGGCGCAGAGAAACGGCCAGCGAGUUGCCACUUCGAAGCUAUCAAUGCCAGCCCUAACUAACGCAGGACAUUGCCAAGCGUGACACGGACGACGAAGGGGAGAGCGCGGCACAGUCACCCAAUUGAGGGCCUGGGUCUGUUUUUUUACAUACAUCGGAGCGGUGCAGCAAUUAGCCACUGCGCGCAAUGUGAUCACUGACAAGAAGAAGCCUUGGCGCGGAGGCGCGUUUGCUCGCGUUGUAGGGAGUAGGAGCCCGCGCCUCACCUGCAUAGGAUAGCCCCGCAGUAGAAAGCAGGCUGGCGCGUCGUCUAUGAAAAGUGGCACCUUUCUAGCAACUUGGUGGUAAAGAUCAGAACGCGGGGGCAAAGGGCAACAGAGAAAGCACUGGCGCAGCGUCGCCGAUGGACAAGGUCCAUGCCGAGAGCGAAGAAGCCAGCGCCCGCCCCUGGGUGAGUUUCAUUCUUCAGCACUGAUUGGCUGAAACCCACACAAAACGCCGAGGCGCAUACAGACAGAAGCGCCUGCAGUCGCUAGCCUCUUGCAGUUUUGUGAGGAUAGAAAACUGAACGCGGGCGCUCAGUCUGAUGAGCUUGCUCGUAACCAUCUGGCACAAAACUCGCCGCGGCGUUUUUCUGGUAGCGGGGCUGAGCCUGAAGUUGCUUAGUCGCCAUCUAUCAGAGUCCCAGCCGCCCACGCUGAGGGAGGCGCUCACUCAAGAAGAGACUCGAAAGAGAGGAAGCGGCGCCCUUCGCUGCUGCGUGUGAUUGGGUCAGGGAGGCGCCUGAUGCGCUGCAGGUUCAGGGCUCUGUGAACUCUUUGCGUGGAGUUGGAGCCGGCUAGUCGCCUUAUUUGCUUCUAUAGAGGGCGGCGCUACGGCUACCCUUAAGGGGGGCAGUCUGUCUGGAGAGCGCAGUCGGCCGGGGGGCGGGUGCGGGGCAUGUGCGGUGAGUGGAUUUAGUGGGUGGGCAAUCGAGGGGGAGGGGGAGCCGCUUCGGGCUAAGGCGGCUAUGCUAAUGGAUGCCCCAGGCUUUUGGUGGUAGGUCUGUCGUGGUGUUGGCUCACUUCAGGUGUGUGGCCCUUUCUUCUUCGUGUCUGCUGCGGGUCAACUGAAGAUGGCAGGCUUUUCCACUAGGUAGUUGCAAGCUCAUGCGUUUGAGAUGAAUCAAGCACAGGGACGAGGGGGCCCACGUCUUCUUGGGGCACACACUGAGCGAAUGCGUCGCCCCGCCUGCCGGGAUUGUUUGGAGUUGUUCUUCAUACAUUCUGCACCUCCAGCGCGUGCGCGUCGGAUCUGCGUCAUUUGUUUCUUUCUUGGUUUAUUUCUUCCCGAGGUCGCGUUGUGUUUCUUUCGUUCUACAGUUUCUACCUGGAGCGUCCCGUGUGUCUGUCGCACAGCUAAGCCUUCGCAGCUCAGCGUGUUUCUCUUGUUUAUCGUAAUUAUCAGUACUAAGUAAAAAAUAAAAAGCCAAAUUAGUACAGUCUACAACUUCUGCUACCCAUCAGGACGAGUAGACUAAAGUAAUCACAUUACCACUAAUUAUUCAUAGUACCUACUACGUGAGCAUACUCUUUUUACUCGUGGAUGAAAAUACUCGAGGUGUCUUCAGGUUCUACGCAGCGAGGUCGCAACAUUAAAAGCAUACAAUGCGGACCUAGCAACAGAGCGGCUGAAUGCAGAGAAGCGCCUCACCGAGCGGUCGCUAGAGACUCUCGACCGCUCAGAACAUGAGUCGAUAAUGCUGAGAGAGCAAAAGUUACGCCUUAAUUCGGCAGAAAUGAUAAUCCUCGUGUAUGCGUAUGCGACGUGUACAGACAGGUGACGUUCUUGGUAGAGUAAACAUCAAGGGAUGUUCCUGUUCUUGAUUACUUAGAAUUUCCCGGUUUAAGCAACAUCUGCUUGUGAGAACAUCUUCUCUUUCUCAAAAAAAUGAGCAGAGCUGCUUCUGUUCUAGAACUGAACAAUGGCCUACAAAUUACCAUAAUAUCGUAAAACAAAUGAUGUGUAAACUACAAAGUUGAAGGCCAAAAAAGAAAUUCAUAGUUCAAGUCCUCUAAGUAUCGACUCUCUCCGAAGACACGUGGAGCGCUUGGAGUGCGAUCUGACUGAAGCGAGGCGACUGCGUACGUCGGAGCGGUCAGCAAAAGAUGCAGAUCUUGAGGGUCUGAGACUUGAGCUCGACGAAAGUCGGAAAUCGCUUCAGGAGGUCCUUACUGCUUGUUUAUUAAACCGAAUUCUUUUAUCUUAGUGCUAGUACCUGUACCUAUAUGAACGAGACUAUGAUCGGGUUCUAUUUGAAUGGUUCUGGUAUUUGACAACCUGAUUUUGAUCAUAAGGAAAACAAGAAGAGAAUCCUUGUGAUCGAAUUCGUUCCUUGGCGAUUAGAAGCCCUGACUUUUUUUUUUUGAAAUCACACUAGGUUCGUUCAGAAGCAAGUAAGAAAGAAAGUCUCUUGUGGGAAUACCGGAAAAAAUUGCGCAAAUCUGCCUGCGCCAUCGAUGCUCUCGACGAACGUUGCAAGGAGUACGAGACUCAGAUGACCACUCUUCAGGAAGAGUGCAGCUGUCUGAGAUCAAAGAUUACUGCUCUCGAGAUUAAGGCAAAGGCUGUUAUCCCCUGAUGUUGCCGUGGUUUGGAGAGAAGACACUAUAAUGAGAAUGAUGAGAAUGAUGUAGUUCAAUCUGAACCUAUGGUAUAAAGUAGUUGUACAUUCUUGUUCGUCCUCACCCUUUCAUUUUUCGCGCCCAUGCCUCUGAAGUGGAGGGAUUGCGCACGGAGAGUGAGCUGACGCGUGAAAAGUUGAGAAGGGAUCAUGACUGUGCCGUGAAACUGUUGAAGGAAGAGCUCGGAAGAGCUGAGGCCUCAAGAGAGCAGCUCGUUAAGGCUCAAUGUAUUUCACUUUUACGAAGUGUCAUGUUUCUCUGUUCUCUUCUUGGAGUACUGAGAAGGUGAACCCAAGAAAUGAAUGAACUCUAGAGCUCCUCUAAGCUAGAAGACAAGUGGGCCCGCGCUGCAGAUUCAAAACGCACGGUGGAGGUGGAGCUGCGUGCUACCAAGCGCGAACUAGGCCGUUUUCAAGCAGAUAAUCUAGUGUACGAGGAGGAUCAUGCUCAUGCAGAUGGAGGAGAGCCGACGAACAAGAAUAGACACGUCCUCGUGAGGGUGGGUGCCGGACCUGCCACAUCUUCAACAGCGACCGGAGGACCUGCCCUUGCCACAACCAAAGCGAAAGUAGAGCCUUCUUCUAGCACUUCAUCUAGCACUUCACCAGCUCUUGUGUCACCAGACCGGAUGUUCGGCAAAGAGCGCUACUCAGACCUCCUGAUCGACAAUAUCGCGUCGCCAGCUCGUCGACGGAGAAGGAACAAGGGGUCCUUAGGUGAGCAAGAGGGAGAGGACCGGAGCUCAACUUCCCCCAGAACGAUCAAAGAAACUAAAGAACAAACUGAUACUGACCAAUUGGUUGAAAAAACGGAAAUAAAUGACAGAGUUGUAGAUAAAAAUCACAAUCACGACACUUCAUCUGAACCGAUGAGGGUAGGCAAAAGCGCUCUCUACCGCGUAACACGCUCUGUCUCCCCAGCACCACCUGUAGUCGCAGAGGCGACCAGAUCUUCGGUGGAAAUUGCUAGGAGACAAGCGUCGACGUCUACUUCUUCUAGAGUGGAACAAUCUAGAAGUUGUAGCGUAGACAUCAACAAGGUUUCUGGUUCUGACAUCAACAAGGUUUCAUCUUUUGAGAGUAGAAGAGCUGCCUCUUCAUCCUCGGGAAGGAUUGAGCCGCUCGUUCCAUCGGACGUGGAGUUAUCCUUAAGGCCAUAGAUUUUAGUAGAAUUCUACUUGUACUACUGAAGAGAGACGUAGACGAGCCUUUAUUUUUUGUUGUUUCACCUUCAUUUCGAUAUGCAUGUUGUUGCAUUUCUUUUUUAUCACUGUCCUCGGAAGCAAAUGCAUUUCUCCAGCGGAUGAAGGCCUUCGAUUUGUUCGAAACGUGGCACCAGGUCAUUCGAAAGGUACUGACGAGAUGAGUGCUUACAGGUGCAGCAUGCUUAAUCAACGAAUAGUAGAUACCACUCGUUGCUGUUUUUAUCCUUGAAUAGAUACUUCUUGUUGCUGUUUUUACCUCUAACAAGCAGAAAAACUGCACGACAACGUGGAAAUGAUUCGAGGAACUUGAAGACGUUACUCCACGCUUCCAAUGGGCACCCCUUGAGGGAACUCCAGGAUAUGUACCGCGAUCUUGACGCUGCUGAAGUGGACACUGCUCUUACGGGUCAUAUAUUAUAGACUCACUGGUGUCGACCUCGACCCAUCACCAUCUUUUACACCAACAUCUUGGUCUUCACUUACAGCAACUUGACUUUGCACUGUGGUCUCCCAAGCACAGAUCGUCAUGGAAGCCUUGGCCUCUGAAAUCAAGCCAGAAAUCUUCUAUAGUUCUAAUCUUGAUCUUUACUUACAGCAACUUGACUUCUUUGUCCGUCCUCUUGGAACAAUCUAUCAACAUCAGGCUCAAAGAUGCUCUAUAAGAAGCGAUACCAAUUUACUUGAUGACAUUGAAAACUGCUUCGAGUCUUUGUCGGACGGUUGCAGCUCUAGCUCUAAUGCCUUUUCAAAGACUCUGGAAGCAAUCGAUAAGAGCUAUGCAGCUGCUUUCGAGGAGAAUAAACCGGCGCCAAAAGCCUCUUAUGCAUUGGAGAAAGCGGUGAAGCGGCUCAAACUUGCAAUCAAACCGACGUCGCAGGAAUUACCCUAGAAGUGCUGGUCCUCGUGAUUACAAAUACUGUCGUUUUGCAACUACAUGUACAUGUUGAUGUUGCUGCUAGUACUUCGUUCACACAACAACUUCGAAUAAAAAUUCCUCCAUUCGGAAAGUUCUGGAAAAGAUAGAACUACUACCUUAUCACAGAGUAGUUUAUAGCACGCAUGGUGCAUGGAGUAGCAUGGAGUGCAUGGAGCGCAGAGCUUUAAGGGGCGCAAGAAGCUCCCCCUUUAGCUCCAUGCUACUCCAUGUGAUCCAUGCACUCCAUGCCAUGCGAGCUGUGAAACCUUAUAAACUGCUCUAUCAUGAUUCAUCUCAUUCUCACAUUGAUGUUUCCGGUCUUCAUAAGUCAAGAUCAGGGAACUAUUUUCGCUAUUCAUCCUAUUUCUGUUUUUCGCAAAUUAUUCCUUCGUGUAUUUAUUCAGUAUUUAAUAUUGAGUUUACUUACAACUACAACUCUCUCGUCUAAUCAACUUCUAGUACUACAACUUCUACAUUGAUAUCGUUAAUAUUCAUCGGUUUCUGCAACGGCACUUGUAUUUGGAUGUUGGAAUCGCGGUGAUAGAACUAUGAUACGAGGAAAGGUGAAUGUUUUUGUAUGUUGGAAGUUUGGGCGUUUCGCAGUUUGGUUGCAAAGGCAAAGAUCCUUGCAACCAUACAGAAAAUGAAUUCUUACACACGUCAGAGUGCUAAUUCGAGUGGACGAACAAC